GGCUGGGGACAAUUCCGAAGCCUUGGACGCGCAGGCCGGCUCGGUGGACGAGGAGAACGGCCGCCAGCUUGGAGAGAUAGAGCUGCAGUGUGGCAUCUGCACCAAGUGGUUCACAGCAGACACGUUCGGCAUCGACACCACAUCCUGUCUGCCUUUCAUGACCAACUACAGUUUCCAUUGCAACGUUUGCCACCAUAGUGGGAACACCUAUUUCUUAAGGAAACAAGCAAAUCUCAAGGAAAUGUGCCUUAGUGCUCUGGCCAACUUAACGUGGCAGUCAAGGACGCAAGACGAGCACCCAAAAACUAUGUUUUCCAAAGAUAAGGAUAUUAUCCCAUUCAUCGAUAAAUAUUGGGAGUGUAUGACAACAAGACAGAGACCUGGCAAGAUGACUUGGCCUAAUAAUAUUGUCAAAACAAUGUGUAAAGAGAGAGAUGUGUUCUUGGUGAAAGAACAUCCAGACCCAGGGAGUAAAGAUCCAGAAGAGGAUUACCCAAAGUUUGGACUUCUCGACCAAGAUCUCGCCAAUAUCGGGCCAGCGUAUGACAACCAGAAACAGAACAACGCCGUAUCCACGAGCGGAAGCCUAAAUGGCGGAAUCGCCGCGGGAGGCAGCGGGAAGGGAAGGGGAGCGAAACGCAAGCAGCAGGACGGCGGGACGACGGGAACAGCCAAGAAAACCAGGAGCGACCCGCUGUUCUCGGCGCAGCGCCUGCCUCCCCACGGCUACCCCCUGGAGCACCCCUUCAACAAGGACGGGUACCGCUACAUCCUGGCCGAGCCGGACCCCCACGCGCCCGAUCCCGAGAAACUGGAGCUGGACUGUUGGGCGGGAAAGCCCAUUCCCGGGGAUCUCUACCGAGCCUGCCUGUACGAGCGGGUCCUGCUGGCGCUGCACGACCGAGCUCCCCAGCUGAAGAUCUCCGACGACCGGCUCACCGUGGUGGGCGAGAAGGGCUAUUCCAUGGUCCGGGCCUCACACGGCGUGCGGAAAGGCGCGUGGUACUUUGAGAUAUCCAUGGACGAGAUGCCGCCGGACACGGCUGCCAGGCUAGGCUGGUCGCAGCCGCUCGGGAAUCUCCAGGCACCGCUGGGAUACGACAAGUUCAGUUACUCCUGGCGCAGCAAGAAGGGAACGAAGUUUCACCAGUCGAUAGGGAAACACUAUUCGGCUGGCUACGGACAGGGGGAUAUCCUGGGAUUUUACAUCAGUCUUCCGGAAGAUACCGAGACUGCUAAAUCACUGCCGGACACCUACAAAGAUAAGGCUCUGAUAAAAUUCAAAAGCUACUUGUACUUUGAGGAAAAAGAUUUUGUGGACAAAGCAGAGAAGAGCCUGAAACAAGCGCCUGGGAGCCAGAUCAUCUUCUUCAAAAACGGUGUCAGCCAAGGUGUUGCCUUUAAGGACAUUUUUGAGGGCGUUUAUUUUCCUGCUAUUUCUCUCUACAAAGGCUGCACGGUUUCCAUCAACUUUGGACCAUAUUUCAAGUAUCCUCCCCGAGACAUCACUUACCACCCA